GGCGACUCUCUGACUCAAAAGGUCGAUAUGAGUAAGGUAAAGCUAGAUGUAAUAAAACCAUGGAUAACAACGAAGAUUACACAGAUUCUAGGCAUGGAAGAUGAUGUUGUGGUAGAAUUUGUGUAUAAUCAAUUGGAAGAAAAGUAUAAGUAGAGACCGUUGGUGGGGCUCAACCCUUUUGUCCAAAUGGCAUUCGGAUGUGCUCCUCCCUACAUCCGUAUGGCCGCCUUUGUAUCAGCCGUCGACCAUAGCGUCAACCGUUGGCAGCUGCUAUAUCAACAUCAGCUUAGAACAACUGCUGAAUCUUCAGCAUCUUGGCUGUAGCUGCAUCGUCAUUACAACGAGGGAAACGACUUCGCAUCGAUACUUUCACCGCAUCAUGCUGAUCCUGCCGAUCCUGUUUAUCUCGUCCUACUUUGGAGCUCUUCGUGUUUCAUCACUUGGCGUAGUAGCUGAUGCAGCCACGAGUAUUGUCUUCGUGAUAGCUGCCACUUCGAUAGAAGUGGUUGGAUAUCGAGUUGCUGUUACGAGAGCUGUACCCAGCUUUCAUCUGGGUUUGAGCGUCGGCAACAUUCCAGAGGCUUUCUCCAUGGGAACAUCGUCUUUUCAUCUUCCGACCCCUGUCAACUGCAGACAUCCAUCAACAUCGAGAUCUACCGGGAGCUACGCGUAGCUGCAGUACACAGCCGACAUUGUAUGCUGGAAAUCAUCUUCAUCGGGCAUUAUCCAUGUUGCAUAAGCAUGGAUUUUUAUCGGAGCCGAUUCUACUUGCUGCUUGCAGAAAAACAUCGAUCAUCGUCUGGAAUUACCAGGGAAUAGAAAAAUCUUUCCAGUCCACGCUGGAGGUAUCUCUACAAUGGUUUGACAGUCUUUGUCAAUGGAACAGGUUGGUGAAAUGGUAAUCCUUUUAUUCUGCAUUAAUUUUUUGACUUUCCUAUUUCAGCAUUUUCAAUAUAGCAUUCAGUGAAAUGGCGAAGAACUUAAAGGUAUCUGUAUGCUUGAGAUAUUUCUGCAUUUAUCGAUAAACUAGAUAUUUUUCUUAGCAAGUGCUGCCUCUUGCUGUAGGUAAUUUUAUAUGCGGUCUAUGAUGCGAUGGGUAAGAUAUAUCACUAAUAUGGAGAUAAAUCUGCUUUUUCGAGGGGGAAAAGCAGUUAGUUAUAAAUUAGGGAUAAUGAUUUUGUAUUUUUUUAUACAAUGCUCGCAUAAAGGUAUACAUACGAGUACAAUUUUUUUUUACUUACGUCUAGAAUUUGAACAAGCUAAAAUUGAGAUUUCGUAAAUUGAUAAAUUUUUAUGCUAUGUAUUUUACAGUUUCCUGACCCCCGAAAAAUGCAGAUCAACCUCACGGGUUUCUUGAACGGAAGGAAUGCUCGAUCUUUCAUGGGUGAAUUGUGGGACCUUUUGGUCUCUGCUCAAGAAAGUGUUACGGGCAUUCCAGAGGCUUUCUUACAGCAAAAGAAAGAUCAGAUUAAAAAACGCUUGGAAGAACAAGAAAAACUUCAAGCAUCUUUAGCAGAAAAGGAAAAAGAGAAGGAACGAGAAAAAGAAAAGGAUGAGACAGACAAGAUAAAAAAAGAAGAGAAGGAACGUGCUUCAUCGAAAGAGCACAGAAGAGAUAGAAGUAGAGAUCGUGAUAGGGACAGAAGUAAAAGAAGUAGAUCGAGAGAUCGACACAGAGAUCGUGAUAGAUCUAGCCGAAAAAGGAGAUCUACUUCGAGAUCGCCCAGCAAGAAUUCUCUUAAAGAUAACGGAAAAGAUAUGUCAGAUAUUAAAGUCGAACGUGAAGAUUCUCCACAACCUGAAAAUGCAAUACCGUUAAUGCCAGUUAAAACUAAACCGGAAGCAGCCGUUGCAAUAUCCAGAUUACAAGCAAAAUUAAUGAGCAUCGCCGAUGGUAAAAAGAAAAACAAUCGUACACCAUCGCCCGAGUCAUUGGAUAAAACAACGAAGAAAUCUAGAUCAAGAUCUAAGUCACCAGCUACGCGUUCGAAGAAAUCUAGAUCUAAAUCACCUAGUCGAGAUUCGAAGUCACGUAGAUCACGUUCGCCUGCAUCGAAGUUAAGACGAUCCCGCUCAAAAUCAAGAUCUAGAAGAUCUCGAUCCCGAUCUCGAUCAAAGUCAAGAAGAUCCAAGUCACGUUCGCAAGAGCGUUUAAAGUCGAGAAGAUCGAAAUCAAAGAAUUCUAGAUCGCGCAGUAGAUCACAUUCUAGAUCGAAGAAAUCUAGAUCAAAAAGCGACGACCGAAGUAAAUCUCGAAAAUCACGAUCCGUGUCGAGCGAUUCGAGAUCUACGAAAUCUCGUUCAAAAUCAUCCGACAAAAGAAAGGACAAUCUUGAUUCUAAUCGAAAACGAGAUAAUAGUACUAGCAGUAGUUCUGGAACGGAAGGUGACAAGGGUGCGAAGGAUAAAAAUGAUUUUGAAAUAAGAAAAAAGAAAGAUGGCGUGCAAGCUAAACGAUCUUACAGAAAAACGAAUAAAGAUGACAGUGGUAGCGACAGCGAUUCAAGUCGUGAGAGAAAAUCAGCACCAAAGAGAAGAAGUCCGACGCCACGUAAGGAGAGAGGCCGUUCCAAGGAGAGAGAUAGAUCCCGCGAUAGAUCGCGAGACCGAUCGCGUGAUAGAUCGCGAGAUAGAUCACGGGAUAGAACAAGAAGGAGAUCAUCUUUGGAUAGAGAACGUGAUCGACGAAGAGAACGAGAACGAGAAAGAGAGAGAGAAAGAUUGGACAGAUACAGUGGUAGUCGUAACAUGCGGCCACCGUCUGUGCGUAGAGCACCUAGUAGGCGAAGAAGUCCGCCACGCAGAAGCCCGGCUAGAUAUCGUCGAAGAUCUCCAAGUCCUGGAGAUAGGCGUAGAAGAAGAUCUUUGGAUCGUAGGAGGAGAUCAUCGGAGAGGCGCGAUAGACGACGAUCGCCCGAUCGGCGUGAUAGUAGACGUCGUUCGCCCGAUGGGAGGGAUAGAUCACACAGGUAUGAUAGAUCGUCCUCUCGCGACAGAUCGAGUAGACGAGAACGGUCCAGAGAUAGAAGGGAUAAGGAUCGUAGAUCGAGAUCUAGGGAUCAGCGAUCAUCGGUGGAUCGUGUGAGAGACGGGAAACGAUCUCCCGAUCGUUCGAAGGACGGCAAGGAUAAAACGAGGGACAAGAAGGUCGAUGAAAAAGUUAAAAGAUCGACCGACACGGGAUCGCGAAAAGAAUUGCGAAACGGAAGGUCUAAGUCGAGUAGCUCGGAAAGUAGCGAGAGUAGUACCUCUAGCAAUGAGGAUGAAACAGUUAGAAAGUCUGCCGAAAGAAAAUCUCAAGAGAAGCACGAGCGAGAACAAUUGGACGAGAAUAAGAGAAAAGAAAAGGAGAAGAUUCUUAAGGAAGAACCUAUGAAGCGGCCUGAGAAAGACGUGAAAAAGACCGAGUCAAUCUCUAUCAAAAAGGCUGAACCGAGUGUUUCGCCAAAGAAACAACAGAUAACUGCACUUCCUGUCACCAGACAUAGGUUCUCUAAGAGUUUGUCCCGUACGCCUUCACCGUUUAAGAAGACAGAAGACAUUAUCGCAGCUGCUAAGUUGAAACAACCUUCGAAAGAAGAUUCUAAGACAGAAUCACCAAAAAUAAGCGAAGCAAGUCUAGCAUCUGGGGACGCUUUUCUGUUAAAAAAAGAUGACAGAACAACUAAAUCUGGUAAACCUAUAUCGGAAGAGAAGAGAAGUGGUCAAAAGUCUAUUGAAACGAUAACACCUAAGAAACCACUUGAUUCCAUAAAACGAGUAAAAAGAGAUAAACGAGAUGGAUCUACAGACUCCGAUGAUAGUGAUACCGAAGGGAAAAAGAAGGUAAAGAAGAUAGAAAGAUCUAGGAAAUCUAGAAAAGUUUCUUCGGACGAAGACAAAUCUGAUAAAAGUAAAGCAGGUUCCAGUUCAGAAUCUGAAGACGAUAGGAAACAUUUGGACAAAAGUAAAAAGAGAGACUUAAGUCGAGGAGAUUCAAUAGACGAUCGAAGUAAGGAUAGAAAGGACAAUAGAAAACGUGAAAUAGUUGAAAGUGAAUCACGAAAACGUAACACGAAAAAGGAAAUAGAGGAGGAAAUAAAAAAGGUGAAGAGAUCUAGAAAAGAUUCUUCCUCUGGAGAAGAAGAUACAAAAUCAAAAAGAACUAAAAAUGAAGACGACAAGUCGAGAUCAAGAAAGUCCAAGAAGGAUUCGAGUUCAGACGACGAACCGAAAAAGUCGAGGAAAAGAAGAGAUAGUUCUUCCGAAGACGAAAAAUCUAGAACGCGUAAAACAAGGAAAGAUUCAACCAGUGACGAGGAAACUAAAACAAAAUCGAAGAAAUCUAAACGAGAUUCAAGUACGGACGAUGAAGAUAUCGCAGAAAAAGAUGUGAAGAAGAAGCGGAAAGUUGAUGACAGCUCUGACGAAGAGAAAGUUAAAAAGAAACGUAGGAAAAAGACCAAAACUAGUACGAGUGAAUCAGAGGAAAGCGAAGUGGAGGAAAAGAAAAAGAAGAAGGAUAAAAAGCAUAAGAAACAUAAGAAACACAAGAAACAUAGAAAACACAAAAAGAAGAAGGUCGCGGAUUCUGAUGAAUCUGACGUAAGUGAAGGUAAUACGGAAGAAUUAGAAAAAAAACUUCGAGAAAAGGCAUUAAAAUCAAUGAAAAAAGGACAUAGUAUCGAAAGAAGUGAUUGAGAUUAUAUGUGUCGUAUCAAAGAUCGUGUUACCUAACGUGUAUUCAUACCACAAUGUACUUGAUCAAAUUGAUGAAUUGUCUUAUGAAUGACUUUUCCUGUUUAUUACUGGAAAGGAAGCUAGGUUUCAUUACACAUUGAAUUUAUUCGUUAUGAAACCAGUUUCUAAUUCAUGCACUGACAUGUCAUUUAACGAGUAAUUCAAUCGUAUAUAGUCCUUAUCGUAUACUUUAGAGAGUGCGUAUUUUUAUUUUGAUUUCAUUAUUGAUAUUACCAAAAGAUGAUACUAUAAAUAAUUUCAUAAGUUGAUAUAAAAGAUGAAUACAUCAGUACGUUAUUACAUUUAAACAUAGCUAUUUUUUUUGUCCUUGAAGGACGCGAUACCUCCUAUACACCUCUAAAUUUUAACAAUAUUAAGAUAUGUAGGCACGUGAUGUGUCAAGCUAGAAAACUAUUUACUUUUACUUUAUCCGUAUCACGAAGCAGUUUACACAUGUCUUAUACCUAAUUUUAAGCGAAUUGUUUCUUGUUAUAUAGCACCGCAGCGAUGCAAGAUUUAUAACUUAUUUUCAUUUGUGUAGUUAGUUUCUCUCAAGAAAUUUGCAUUUAGAAUAUAAUAAUUUAUAUAUUAUAUAAUGUUAUUUCUACUGUACAACCUGAAAAAUGAAGAUAUUUUGGUGUCGCCUUC